AACAACAGCCAGCCGACAUGUGCCCACCCCGUGCAAGACAGAAAAAGAGCUUCAGCACGCAAUCAAUACAGACGAGCGACAAACGGGCCAGUAAGCUCAGCCGCUCUGUUGCCUCACGUCGGUGCUCUCGAAUAUCUUGUCAGCCGACGCCGCGAUGAACCCGCUGUACAGCUCACCACUCGCCGUCGGAUACCGCCUGGCGAACUCAUAGUAGCACGACGGUAUCUCGUAGGUGCCCUCAGCAAAGGCCACAUUCUUCUUCUCAGCGAGUGUUGACGACUGCUGGAGCAGCUCGGCCGGCGUCCCCUUGAUGAGCCCCCCGGAGGCGUUGAGGGCGAAGCCCUUGUCCUGCAGGAAUGUGUUGAGGGCCUGGAGGGAGUCGAAGGUCGAGAGGGCGUUGACAUUGACGGUGAAGUGGUUGGCGCAGUAGCCGUAGACAUACAGCCAGGCCGCGUACUCGGACUCAGCCAGCAGCCGAUUGUAGGCGGCGUAGUGCAGAGGCGCCCAAUGGUGGCUCCCACACGUCAGCAGCUCCUCUGUGCCGAGAAGCGACGGGGGCAGGGCGUCCACACACUUGCGCAUCGUCUGCUGCAGGUCGCUAGAGAACUCCUCCAUCAGCAGCUGAAUGCAGGCAGACACAAAGAGAUAAGCUGUCACUCCCACGAAUGGCUGCAGCGCCGCACCUCUGAUAUGAAGACCUUCGGCGCUUUGUCUUCUUCGGCAUGCUCGAAGUGCUUUGCGUAGAGUUUCUUCACUGGGAAUGUGUAAGUGCCCUUCUCAACGUACCCCAUCCUGACGAACGGCCUUGCAAGCACAUCGAUGGACACGCGCGGGUCGUUGAGUGUGCGGAAGGCCACGUGGUCGUUGAGCACGACAUUCUCGCCGCGCUGCCGCAGCAGCUGGUGGAUCUCACCGGCCUGCAGGCACAGACAACCAAGAGGGAGAGGAAGGAGUAAGGAGAUGGCAUGCAUCGUGUUCAAGAUCUGUGACCUUUGGGGUGAGGAGAAGAUACUGAUCCCACAGGCGAGAGAAGACCUUCGCCAUCGGAAUUCCC